AUGGAGGCAGGCCUGAAGAAAAAAGCAGAACGCGAAAUAAUUUGUAUGCCAACAUCUAUAAAACUGUUGCGGUUUUAUAAUGUAUUUCCACAGUCAGAUCAAGUUUUGAAACCGGGAAACAAGUCCUACAAUCAUGUGGAACUGGACGUCAUCUACAUUGCCUCAAUAGGUGUUUCAUAUGGAAUAAUUUGUUACUACGUCUCAAAAAUAAAGUCUGCCAUACAGUUAUAUCUUUUCUUCUCGAACUUCGAAGAGUUCGGCAAACCUAUCGAGUUUGACGAAAUAAACCAAAAAUACAACAGAUACUCUCAGUACCAUUACUGCUACGCGGAAUUUGCAGUUUUCGUCGUCCUACUGGGGUCUAAUAUAUUUAAAAGUAGACAGUGCAGGGUAGAGAACGAACAAAGACAUCUUCACGAAGUUUGCGGCCUUUUUUCUUACACAUGGAUGCCAUUCAACAUUGACUUCUUUCCCGUUAAGCAAAUAUACCUAUUUAUCCAACUUAUCGGGGGCCAUUUCGUUUACGCGGUCGUCUUGCAUUCGGCUUGGAUGGUUUUGGAAACCAUAGAGCAUAUUGUGAUAAGGAUUCGACACGUCGCCCAUCUGUUCAAUGAGGCUUUGGCCGCACAAGAUCCAGAAGAAAGAAGAGAGAAAUUCAACUCUGUUGUUAGGUAUCAUAUUCAGGUUUUAGGCUUGCAAAGUAAAAUGAAUCAUAUAUACAGCGUUUUCAUGUUUAUUAUUAUCAUAAUGAAUGGAGCAAUAAUGGGAUAUGGAGUAUAUGCAUAUAUGAAGGAAGGAAACAUUUCGCCGAUUGUUAUAGCGUUAGAAUGGUUUAUUGGGUCAUUCAUAAUUUGCCACGGUGGACAACGAAUUCAGGACGAGAGUAUUUCAGUAGGAACUGCGCUCUAUAAUACUGAUUGGUCUCGAUGUGAAACAAAUUUGAAGAAAGACAUAAUGUUUGUACUCAUGCGCUGCCAGCAACCAAUGGUUCUGAAAGCAGCUUCCUUUGGAAUAAUGGAUCACGCUAUAUUUCUCGCUGUUGCCAAAGCGACCUACUCUUAUAUUACCUUAUUGAGCCAGUAAUGAAAACAAAAACAACUGGAGGAAAACGAAACUGACACACACUUUUGGUUUUAUGAAACAUAAUAUUAGUUUUAGGAGCAAACACUGUAUCACGAAGUGCAAAAUACAAUA